GCGGGCGAGUUGCGAUCGAUUUUUCCUCUCUCGGCCAUCAGCGCAGUUUCUUUUCAGAAUACGACCCCGUGUCGAUCGGACGGACACGCAAAAUAAUAGUGUCGUGAUAACUUAUUAUUGAAGAAGAAACUGGCACCAGGAAUCUAAUCUGCAAAUUCCCGUUUUCCAGUUCUAUUGCGUCGCGUCGAGUGGUUAGUUCCGGAGUAGUGUUUGGUUUUGGGGGAGGGAAGUGCUUGAACGUGUGGUAUCACGUAAUCUGAAGGCGAAAUUCGGAAUUUUUCUACUUGCAAGCCAAUGGCCUCCUGCGAGUAGCGGAUUACUUUUUUUUUCCUGCUCAGCUCUACUGCACUUCCGUCAGCAUCGAAUUAUCAAGUGAGGCAAAACGGGAACGGAAGAAUAUCCGCAGAGGAUUAGUGAAGAGUCCCAAAAUCUUGUGUGCAAAAUAGUGAAACCUUCCCGAGAAAUUGGGGCCACACCACGACGGAAGAGAAGUGCUAGCAUAAAGGUGAAAACUACGGACAGCUGAGGAGCUUACAGUGGGUAGCAGCUGAGCAAAACAUUAUUGUGCAAUUUUUCACCAGCACUUCGCAAUCUCGCACACACAGCUGUUUCGCGGAUUCAGCACAGGCGGAGGAGAUAUUUCCAAGAUGUCCUCGCGGUACGAUUUAAACGCCCCAGUUCCCGGUAUGGCACCGGUCACGCUACCCCGAGAAACCAGACGGCCGCUCCCAGACGAUGAUUUGCUGAACGUCGUCGAUGCAGACUACACAAUCCGCAAGCGCCGUGUCUGGUCCCCGGAGGAGGACGAUUCCCUAGCCUCCGAAGACAUGGACCUGCUGGACGAUGACGACGAGCUGGAAGAGGAGGAAGACGAUGGCGUCGGUUGUCCCCUUCCGUCCACUCCGGAAGACACCCAACUGCUGGAGGCGGAAAUGACUGAAGUGCUCAAGGCCGGCGUCCUAUCUGAUGAGAUCGAUCUGGGAGCAUUGGCUCACAAUGCGGCCGAACAGGCCGAGGAAUUUGUCCGCAAGGUGUGGGAAGCCUCGUGGAAGGUGUGUCACUUCAAACACCUGCCCGCCUGGUUGCAGGAUAACGACUUUCUGCACAAAGGCCAUCGGCCACCACUACCCUCGUUCAGCGCCUGCUUCAAAUCGAUAUUCCGAAUCCACACCGAGACCGGUAACAUCUGGACCCAUCUGCUGGGCUGCGUGAUGUUCAUCGGCGUGGCCACCUACUUCCUGACCCGACCCUCGUUCGAAAUCCAACUGCAGGAGAAACUGAUCUUUCUGUCGUUCUUCAUCGGUGCGAUCGUUUGUUUAGGCUGUUCGUUCAUUUUCCACACGCUCUGCUGCCAUUCCGAGAUGGUGGGAAAACUCUUCUCGAAACUGGACUACUGUGGCAUUGCCCUGCUCAUCAUGGGUUCGUUCGUCCCAUGGCUGUAUUAUGGCUUCUACUGUCACUACAAGCACAAGCUGAUCUAUCUGACGGUCGUGAUCGUGCUGGGCGUGACCUCGAUCAUCACCUCCCUGUGGGACAAGUUCUCCCAGCCGAAUCUGAGACCAUUGCGCGCGGGUGUCUUCAUGAGCUUCGGACUGUCCGGAAUCAUUCCGGCCAUCCAUUACGUCCUGAUGGAGGGAUGGUUUAGCAAAAUUUCCCAGGCCAGCCUCGGUUGGUUGAUCCUGAUGGGCUUGCUGUACAUUCUGGGAGCGCUGUUCUAUGCCCUGCGAGUGCCCGAGCGAUGGUUCCCCGGAAAGUGUGAUAUCUGGUUCCAGUCGCAUCAGAUUUUCCACGUGCUGGUCCUGGUGGCCGCCUUCGUGCACUACCACGGCAUCAGCGAGAUGGCCAUGUACCGGGUAACGGUCGGCGAGUGCGACAUCCCCCACCAGCAUCCGGCGAUCAGUUUUUGAGGCUCUUCCUUCGAUGUCUAAAAGCAGCAACAACAAAAAAUUCUAGAUGAAUAAAUGCAAAAGCCUGAUUGUGUACUACCAAACCGUUUUCGGGGUGAUCCCGUCGUGGUUAGAGAGGGGGGUUUAGCGCUGUGUCUAACACGGUUCUCUUUUUAAGUGAACUUAAAUAAUACAAACACGACAUGAUAACCUUCUUUUAUUACUUUUGUUUAUACCUACCAUUUGUUUUGUUGAUUGAAGCAGAAAGAUAGGAGAUAUCAAAGAAUAAGAUUUUUUUGUUAAUUUUUUCUCAAUCGUUGUACACAAAAUAAUAUAUUUCACUAGAACUAUAUAGUAGAUUAAAUCAUAUAAUCAUGCCACCUUUCAUCUCCUAUUGAACUCAACUUUCAUCGUACUACGGUUGAUUCGUUUCCAUUGCAUCUACACGAGAAAGUAACACUAAAUUCGUUUAGAAUUCUUCCUUCCUCAGCGCAAUAAGGCUUUUUAGUAGUAUUUUUCCUAACAAAGAAAAGAGCGAAACCAAUUUUCAUCACACUGUGAGACACACAGAAGAUUAAACGCGAGAAGAUAGAAUUACUUAAUAAAUUACAAUUGUUUGUGCAAGCAGAAAACACACACACGUACAUAUAAUUAUGCUGAUAAAUAGGAAAGAGGUAAGUUAAUUGAACUACAACAAAAACAAAAAAAAGAGACGAAUAAUAAUUGAAAAACAAAAACAACUUAUAAGAACCACACAGAAGAAAACAUAUUCGUGAAACAAAAACAAAUACAAGAAGCAAAAAUAUAAAACAAAGAAAACAAUGCAACAUUCUUGUUAAGUAUAAUUUAUUCAUGAUACAACACAUACUGCUGAUUCGUCGUAGCAGAACAAAACUACAAGAAAAAAAAAACAAUAAAAAGGUGUAUGUGCUAUUGAAUAUAGAA